GUCGAUCUUCUUCAAUGGAUUAUGCCAAUUAAGGCCCAACUCACACACCUUCUCAAGGCCCAACUCAUACUCUUAUGUUAUGCCCAAUUACAAAUGUAACGUAACCGUCUCUGAUGUGAUGCCCUCUAAGUAACACCCGUUUGAUUCUCUUAUCCUUUCUUUCCAUUAUUGUUGUUGGGUUGUUACUGUUGGAACUGCUUUGUGUUUUGAAUAAUGGGUUCCAUAAGAGGAAUCAAGAAGAGGAAGAAGGCUGACAACAACAACAACGAUGCCCCAUUCCACUCCCAACUUCAACGCCCCUCCGAUUGGUGGCACCUCUUCUCCCGCAGAAUUUCAGGACCUUUAUCACAAUUUAAGGAUUUAGACAAAUUUGAAUCUGUUUUCAAGAUCUCAAGAAAGACAUUCAAUUAUAUAUGUUCUCUUGUGGAAGAAGAUAUGCUGGCUAGAUCAUCAAAUUGCACUGAUUUAAAGGGCAUACAUUUGUCUUUGAAUGACCAAGUAGCCAUUGCUCUUAGGAGGCUUAGUUCUGGUGAGUCAUUGCAAGCCGUUGGCGACUCGUUUGGGCUGAACCAGUCAACUGUUUCCCAGGUAACUUGGCGGUUUGUGGAAGCAAUGGAAGAGAGAGGGCUACACCAUCUUAGUUGGCCAUCAACUGAAAUCGAAAUGGAAGAGAUAAAGGCUCGAUUUGAGAGCAUACGAGGCCUUUCCAAUUGUUGCGGCGCAGUUGACACCACACACAUACUGAUGACUUUGCCUGCCACAGAUUCGGUGACCAAUGUGUGGGUUGAUCAUGAGAAGAACUGUAGCAUGAUCUUGCAAGCCAUUGUGGAUCCGAAUUUGAGAUUUCGCGACAUAGUUACCGGUUGGCCUGGUAGUCUGAGUGAUGAUCACGUGCUUCGAAGCUCUGCUUUCUUCAAACUUGCUGAAGAAGGAAAGAGGUUGAAUGGAAAAAAGAAAAUGCUCGAAGGAACAAUGCUAAGGGAAUACAUAAUUGGAGAUACAGGAUUUCCCCUUGUGCCAUGGCUUCUUACACCUUACAAAGGCAAAGGCCUGUCGGAUGUUCAGGUCGAGUUUAACAGACGGGUCGUCGCAACUCAAAUGAUAGCGAAAAGGGCAUUGGCUAGGCUGAAGGAGAUGUGGAAGAUAAUCCAAGGUGUGAUGUGGAAGCCUGAUAAGCACAAGUUACCAAGAAUUAUUCUUGUUUGCUGCAUAUUGCAUAACAUUGUUAUUGAUAUGGAAGAUGAAGUACUGCAUGGCAUGCCAUUGUGCCAUCAGCAUGAUUCCGGAUAUAAAGACCAAAUUUGUGAAUCUGCCGACAAUUCUGCAGCUUCAAAAAUCAGAGACAAGUUUUCUUCCUACUUAUCAAGAAAAAUGCCAAAUUGAAAACAUCAUUUUUCCUGUGGUUGUUACAAAUUACAAUAUAUACUUAUAGCUAUAUAAAACACCCUUUUACUCUCCCCUUCAUGUUGGUUCACAAUAAACUUUGACACCAACAAAUUUUAGUUGCCUCAAUUGUGAGUAGAAGAACGUAAAUUCUGCUUUUAGUUGCUUGCUAGUGAAUUAUGUCUUAGAUUAUUCUAUUUUCUUACUUUUUUUCUUUUCAUUAUUUCUCAUAUGGUACAAUGUUAUCUAUAUUUAGUAUAUUUUUGGGUAAUAGAAAGGUUAUGCAAUUAUUGGAGAGAG